CCAUCCAUAGGAGCUGAGCAGCAUUGCCCAACAACCCAUCUCCUUUUUCCUCAACCAACUAAGCCUGUCGAGCCCAUGUCGAACCCAGCCGCCCAGCCCCCGCAUUCGAACAGGCGGUACUACGCGAGCCGAGUGAAGGAGAGCCUGACGGGGCGAGCCACCAAGUGCAUCUGCUCCUUCUUCCUCACCCUCCUCCUCAUCGGCGCCGUCGUUGCUUUUGUUCUAUGGCUCAGCCUGCGCCCGCACCGGCCGAGGUUUCACAUAGAACAGUUCUCCAUCCCGGGGAUCAAGCAGGAUGGAGGCUUCCAGAACACGGUUAUCACGUUCAAUUUGACGAUCAGGAAUCCUAAUCAGAACAUUGGCAUCUUCUACGACCAGAUGGAGGCGCAGGUGUACUAUAGGGAGACACUCUUUGGGGUGACUGCCUUGGGACCCCCGUUCUACCAGGGCCCCAAGAACACCACGGUGGUGGCGAGCAGGAUCAACGGCACGCCUUUGCCGGGGGACAAUCCCGUUUGGCAGAUGGUCCUCGCCGAUCGAUUUACCGGCACGGUGGUUUUCCGGCUCGAUAUCACGGCCGAGGUCCGGUCGAAGGUGGCGGCGAUAUACAACGGUCGGAGGGACCACACCAUGCACGUCGACUGCCAAGUGGAGGUGGGUCCGGAUGGGGUGAUCCUGCCAAGGUCGGUGGAUAGGAGGUGCCCGGUCUACUUUUACUAGGCUUUCAGCGUCGGGUCCGACGGCCGGAAAGCUUUAGCCUCAUGUCCGAUCACUUUCUCUUUUUUUAAAUUUAGACAUGUUUGAAGUGAAUUUGUGCAUGAAGACAAAAACUAAAGCCAAAGAGAUUGUUAAUAAAUUUUCCUUUUACUUUGUA